GCCUCGAGCCCAACAGCUUUUCGUUUGGUACUCCCUUGACCUUCUGUGCCUGGAAAAUAGUAAAUAGUACGUGUCAUUUAUUCCUCUCGUUUUGAGUAUUCGUCAUGAUGACAUUAGCACCAUUCAAGGUCUUAUUCCGAGUCCAAUCCCUUUUCGGCGGCAUGGUUUCUGGUGAUCGUAUAUCCUGGCGUCAGCGGGCCAAGUCAUUCUGCAAACGAAUACAGAGGAAAUUCAUAACUCCCAAAGUCACCAUCUCUGCCUUCACUGAGACGGGCCAAGAGGAAUCAUCAAUUGUCGUUCCAUUGCAACGGGCGUACACCGGUAGAAAGCCUGUGAUACCAUCCCGCCUCGCUGACACUCCCUGUGCUACCCUCGGUGUUCAGGGCCUCUUGGAUCAACUCAACAUCACACUCAGAACAUCACACACCCUGAUACCAUCUCUCUCCUCCCUUCUUGAAGAGUGCAUCAAAAACAACUACGACUUUGGCAUGGUAUAUGGCCGCCUCCGCCAGGUAUGGUACACCCGCGACUGGAGCACGAUACGAGACACAUUGCGCGAAUGGGAAGAUGCAGACCGGCGGAGGCGGCGAAACGCACUCGGUGGUAACCGGAUCGUUCAACCAGAUUUGCCGCCUCGACGUGUGUGGGAUCUGUGCAGUAAUCGGGUGGUGCCAUGGUGGUGCACAGGCAUCGGCUUUAUGAGCGAUGAGCUUCGGCCAAUAUCGCAUGCUUGGAUGAAUGAGAAGGAUCGUGUCGAUGUGCAGACGCCCAUCAACGGAUACGAAUGGCCCGUUCCCAUCCCGAAAGAUGCCAGCCUCAACCUUGUCCGCAUUGAGAUCCUCAAUCUUCGAGUGGAGCAACGGCGAGAUUAUUCUAAAGCGAAGGACCACCGGCAAUAUUAUCCUGCAACGGAGUAUGCAUGGUUGGACGUUCUCUGUUUGAGACAGGAGGGUGGACCGGGUGAGGAUAUGCGUGCGGAAGAGUGGAAGCUGGAUGUGCCCACCAUCGGAGCAGUGUAUUCUCAGAACCGUGUGGUGUGGUACUUGAGUGGGCUGGGUCGGCCUCUGAGUUUGAAGGAUGGCGACUUGGACAGUGAUCGGUGCUGGUUUAGACGUGCAUGGACACUACAGGAGCUUGGCUAUGAAAGGGUGAUUGCUGGGGACACACCAGAUGGACCAAUGCAUGCUGAGUGUAAGUACGGGAAGUAUGAGACUGAGCUACUGACCAGGUUUCACAAGCAGCUGCAGUCUAUGGAGGACAUUUCAAAUUCGAGAGUGUUUGAUGUGCUGGAGGAGAUGCGGAAUCGGGUGUCGACCAACCCAGUGGACAAAGUCGCGGGACUGGCAUUUGUUCUGCGGUCCAAGACGAUACCAGCAUACUAUGAGACUGAGUCUCUCGAGGACGCAUGGACAGCACUCGUGUAUUCGAUGGAUUCGUGGACUCGGAGGAUGUUGUUCCUCUCGUAUCCUGAACCGGGCAAUGCAGGCAGAAAAUGGACACCAUCGUGGGACCAGCUGAUGAUGAAGCCUCUGCCUGUGGGUGGUUACUCCCUCAUCGACCUUGAUCGGAAUGAGGAGAUGGGUGAAGACUCAUGUUAUGCGGAGUGUAUUGAAAAGGGGUGCGUGCGGGGGUUGGAUCAGGUUGCGGAAGGGAGUGAUCGACGCGGAGAGUUGAUCGUUCAAGGCAAGUAUGGGACAGAACAUCUCAACAUCACAGCCACCCACAAGUACCCGAUACCUGACAACACCUACACACUGAUUUGCGAUUAUAAACUGUAUUCCACAUCUUGCAUUGUCGGCCGAAGACUGCCAGGGAAAAGGUUUGAGAAAGUGUCGGUGUUGCAAAUUCCCAAUAGAUAUCGAUGGAGGCGGGUAGAAAAUCUGUAUAUUACUGAAAAGUGUCGAAAUAUUCUUGUUUAAGUACACAUUGUAGUAGCUAUUCUUCAAUCAAGUGGUUAUCAUACCUACCUAAGAGGAUGCAAAGGACUGCUCCUAUGCAGAAGGGUACACGCAGUCGCUGCUA